AUCGCAGCCGGUUUAGGUAUAUAACCGUUGUGCGGUCAAUCUUUCCCCUCAAACGCUGCCUAAGAGUCCGAGCAAGAACUGGAGAGCGAGCUGCAAUCAAGACAUUCGCGACAGGAAGAGAGGAAGUAUCACUGUACAAUGAGAUUGACGUUGACGCUCUUUUUAUUGACUAUCUCGCUAAGCUUAAGCAAUGCGAGAAGUCACCACCACACAAGCGUAUUAAAUUCCGAUCGAUCAAUCAAUCAACCAGAUUACAUACAAUCGGACAAAUUCUUAGAUCACGAAAAAGAUAUCAAGCGGGUGCAAAUCUACAAUCAAAUUGGAUUGGAUGGUAAAGUACGAAGAAUUCAUUUGGAUUCUAAUGAAGAAGAUAAACCAGGCAUUCGUGCAUAUGGUCUACCGAAAAAGCAUUUACAAGAUAACGGUAUUAUUGAGAGAUUGCAGCUUGGAGAAGAUCGCAUAGAUAGCAGCUUAAAAAGUGGUCGAUUGGUGGAAGCUUAUGGAAUACCGAAGAAUAAAAUGGAGACCAACGGCUUUAUAGAAAGAUUGUCAUUGUCAAGCACAGAUCACCAAGCUGCUAAAUUAGACUCAAGAAAUGAAAAUGUUAGAAUAAGGAGAUCUAUUCGUACGGGAUCCGAGAACAAGGUCGAAAAGAAGGUUGUUAGCGAAGCAGAAGAUAUGCAGGCACAAGAUUCUAAGGUUUUUAGACCGCUUUUCGUCCAUAGACAGCAAGUAGCUGAAGACGGAAGCACGCGAGGAAUGUAUUACAUAGAAAUCACAGACAUUUAUAUACGACGCAUCAACCUUGCUAUCAUCAUCGAGUGACCAAUUGAUUUUAUUAUAAGAAUAAUAUGAAUAUAUAUUCUUUAUUCUACAGAAAUUAACU